ACGUCCUGCAGAUGCUGCUGAGUUAACAGCUGGAUCUGUCCACGGUGCUGAAACCCUGUUCAGGCCUCCGGAUGUUUCUAUCCUGGUUCACAUAUCAGCUGCAUGCUUUUAGUUACACUGAGAGGGACAUGUUUGCUCUUCAUGGCUGAUUUAGGAGAGUCUUUGUAUUGUAACAGCGCUCAAAUCAUAAGGAAACUGCCGAGAGACGGAAAACAGCAAAGAGAGGGAGAGUCGAGGGGGUUGGGGGAGAUGAUGUCAUAGUUUUUAGUCUGUGCCAAGCAGAUGGCUGCAGCCGUCCUCCUGUCGCUUAGCUCCUGCUUCCAUCUCCAUCCCAAACAUCAGCCUCAGCUCCGGUGACUUACAAGCGCUGGAAACGGAAGCCGUUUAGAAGGACACACAGCGGAAAGGUCCUCGUGUGCGCUGUAUGUGAGCGAAUGAUCCUCGAGGCAUAGGGCCAGUCCAAAUCUGAUAUGGACGAAAAUACCGGACCAAGCACGGGGCUUCGAUCGCUCUUCACUUUUGUCUUCAUUCUGUAUUAUGACCAGACGACAGUGUGGACGAGCUAGUCCUGCCCAGAAAGGAGGAGGAGGAGUAGGAGACACACGCACAAGGGUGUCGACGGAGAGAGGCAGGAGCAGAGGAGCUAAGGCGGGGAGCAACGGGGGGAAUAGACUAGCUAAUACAUCAAGAUACUGAUAAUGGCUGCUAAAUCGGACGGGGUCCUGAAGAUGAAGAAGAGCGACGUGGCCUUCACCCCUCUGCAGAACUCGGAGCACUCUGGCUCGGUGCAGGGACUCCACCCGGGCGGCCAGCUGGACUCUGCGGGCACCGGGGACGGGGAUUUUGCCAACGGGGAGUCGCGGUGCUGCGGUGGGGGAGGCUCAAACUCGACGUGCCUUCGUCUGGGAAAAGGGCAGCAGAAAUAUACGGUGUGGGACUGCUUGUGGAUCGUAGCCGCCGUGGCCGUUUAUUUGGCCGAUGUGGGCACCGACGUGUGGCUGUCGGUCGACUACUACCUCCGCCACGACUAUUGGUGGUUCGGCCCGACGCUCUUUUUCGUUGUGCUGGGUUCCUUCUCGGUCCAGCUCUUUAGCUUCAGAUGGUUCGUCCACGACUUCAGCACCGAGGACGGUGCCGAUUCUGUCACCGAUUGCUCCCUCAUGGAUGGGAAUAAAUUGCUUAGCGGCUCGGCCUCACACGGUGAUGUUACUGCUCAACACCACCCGGCCACGCCGCAGAGGCAGGCGUCGACCGCCAGCAAGAACACCACCACUAACAGCACGGCGAGCACAGCGCUGGGGAACAGGAAUAGGAAACGCUCGGCCUACUACUCCUUCUGUGUGUGGUUCGGCCAGUCCGUCAUUCACAUCAUGCAGCUGGGCCAGAUAUGGAGGUAUUUCCACACCAUCUACCUGGGUGUUCGGAGUCGCCAGGGUGCUGAGACGGAGCGCUGGCGUUACUACUGGAGGAUGGUCUAUGAGUUUGCAGAUGUGAGCAUGCUGCAUCUACUGGCAACCUUUCUGGAGAGCGCUCCACAACUGGUGCUUCAGCUGUGCAUUAUCAUCCAGACACACAAGCUCCAGGCUGUGCAAGGAAUGACAGCUGCAGCCUCCCUCGUCUCUAUGGCCUGGGCCCUGGCCUCCUAUCAGAAGGCCCUGCGAGAGUCUCGGGAUGACAAGAAGCCCAUCAGCUAUCUGGCAGUGAUUAUCCAGUUCUGUUGGCACUUCUUCACCAUAGCAGCCCGAGUUAUCACCUUUGCUCUGUUUGCGUCUGUAUUUCAACUCUACUUUGGCAUCUUCAUCGUCCUGCACUGGUGCAUCAUGACCUUUUGGAUUGUCCACUGUGAGACAGACUUCUGCAUCAGCAAGUGGGAAGAGAUUGUGUUUGACAUGGUGGUGGGCAUAAUCUACAUCUUUUCCUGGUUCAACGUCAAGGAAGGACGGACAAGGUGUCGGCUUUUUAUCUAUUACCUGGUAAUCUUGAUGGAGAACACUGCUCUCAGUGCGUUGUGGUAUCUCUACCGAUUUCCUCAAAAUACUGACGCCUUUGCAGUGCCAGCACUCUGCGUCAUUUUCAGCAGUUUCCUCACCGGCAUUGUUUUCAUGCUCAUGUACUAUGCCUUUUUUCACCCGAACGGGCCACGCUUUGGACACUCACCAAGUGGCCAAGGCCUUGACCUGGACCCUACUGCUCAGUUCUCCACUCUGCCAUCAGAAGGUGCCACCAAUUCACUGCGUUCGAACCGAGGUGCUACCACAACUCUGGAACGACACGACAAGUAUUCUGAGCGAGAUGGCUGCAUGCCAGUGUUUCAGGUCCGAUCCACAGUGCCAUCAACGCCAUCUUCUCGUGCUCCACGCCUAGAGGAGAACGUCAUCAAGAUCGACCUUUGUAGGAACCGCUAUCCAGCCUGGGAGCGUCAUGUUCUGGACCGCAGCAUUCGCAAAGCAAUUUUGGCCAUAGAUUGCUCAUUGACUCCUCCACGGCUGCAGUACAAAGAUGAUGCUCUGGUACAGGAGCGGUUGGAAUAUGAGACCACUCUAUAGUCCGCUCGGCUUUCGGAAACCCUGCAGGGGCACAGCAACAGAGUGGUAUCCUGUGAUCACAUAAACACCAACAGGAACUGUGGCAAUAAGAAUUUGUUACUGGCAUCAGUUUCAAUAUCUUCAUCUCCCAUUGCUGUCGUUCUUUUUCUAUUUCCGGGUAUCAGAAGUGUCGAGAAGCAGUCGGGACUGUUGGUAAUGGCUGGAUGACCAACUCAGUACAAGUUCAGUUAGUGUCACUGGUGGGAUUGCUGCUGGUCAGAUUGUUGCUAUUAUUUUUACUAACACUUAUCUGGUAAAUGCUGUCUUCUAUGGACUAAAUACUAAAUGACACUCUGCUUAGAACAACAAGAAGCGAGUGUGUUAAGGGGUGUUAAGUUAAAGCUGUAAAAUAAUAAAAAGUGGAAUUGUCCAUUGUCCAUACAGACAGCUUUUAAGUCACCAGAUACUCCCAUAAAACAAAGGAGACCUGAAUUACAAACUCAAACUUGUCCAAAUGUGUUGGUGUCCUACCAUAUCAGCCACAAGCAGGUGGGUACUCUCAGUCAUUACUCUCUUUCUCUUAGUGCCAAAAAGGGUCAUUGCGAACAUCCUCUAGAUUCCUCUACAAACAACUUAGGGGUGCCUGCAUAAUCCAGAAGGUUCUUCUUUGAGCUAGACCUUUCAGUGUUAUUGGACAUCUGUGAUCAACACUGGAAGAUGGCCAGAAAGUGACCUAUGAGAAGACAGUGGUCAAAGUAGCAUCUAUGAGCAGUGAUGGUGUUUUGUUUGGGCAAAACAUACUAAAUGAUAAGGCUGAAUGUUAUAAUAGGAAGCAAGAAAAGGGGGCAAAGGUCAAAUACUAGCUAAUGGUCUCGUUCUGAAAAGGAAGCAUUCAAACUUACUCAAUGCCAAGAAAAAAAAUCUUCCUGGCAGCUCAACAUAACUAUUUGUAGUCCAGCCUCAGAAACACAGCUGCAGAAUUAUUCUGAUCUUUGCUUGUAUGUGGAGGGUGAAAGCAUGUGCCAGACACCAAUGAACCGAAGAGAGGAGAGAGGAUGAUACCGGAAAUGGAAAUGAGUUGAGGAUCGAAA